UGCGAGGAGUAUGUUUAACGUUCAUGUUUCAAUUUUCUCUUAAUUAUCUAUCUUCCCCGAAUUUGCUCUAGAAUAUGAAGCAGCACUUCAGAAGUUUACAGCAACGAAUCACUAAGUUGAAGCAAUUUCAAUUCAAGCAUAACCCGAAACCUAGUGACUCCAUAAAUAGAGGUGUUAGAGAUAGCAAACUUUUGAUUCAGUGGAACAAACAGAUCGCAGAGAAUGGUCGAAAUGGCAACGUUAAUGACGCAGAGUCGGUAUUCCACAGGAUGCCCGUGAAGAACACUGCCUCGUGGACUGCCAUGCUCACUGUUUACGCUCAAAAUGGCCAAAUAGAAAACGCCCGCAAAGUGUUCGAUCAAAUGCCUCAACGAACUACGGUCUCAUAUAACGCUAUGAUCUCGGCUUAUAUUCGCAAUGGUUGCAACGUAGCCAAAGCUUAUGAGCUGUUUUCAGUGUUGUCUGAACGCAACUUGGUCUCCUAUGCUGCCAUGGUCACGGGUUUUGUGAAGGCAGGGAAGUUCCACAUGGCUGAGGAACUGUACCGUCAGGCUCCACACGAGUUCCGGGACCCUGCUUGCUCAAAUGCGUUGAUAAAUGGAUAUUUGAAGACAGGUGAAGUGAAUGAGGCGUUGAAGGUUUUUGAGAACAUGGUUGAGAGGGAUGUGAUUUCUUGGAGUGCCAUGGUUGAUGGUCUGUGCAGGGAUGGGAGGGUUGCUGCUGCCAGGGAGCUGUUUGACAGGAUGCCUGAGAGGAACGUGGUUUCUUGGAGUGCAAUGAUAGAUGGGUACAUGGGGAAAGGUUUCUUUCAAGAGGGCUUUUCAUUGUUUAAGGACAUGAGGAGGGAAGGUCUGGUUGAUGUUAAUUCCACCACAGUGACUAUCAUGUUUAAAGCGUGCGGAAAUUAUUGUAGAAUGCCAGAGGGCAUGCAGAUACAUGGGCUGGUUUCACGCUUGGGAUUUGAAUUGGAAAGUGUUUUGAGUAAUUCCAUGAUUACUAUGUAUUGCAUGUUUGGUUGCACCCACAUCGCAGACAAAGUAUUUUGUAUAUUGAGCGACAAAGAUAUAGUUACUUGGAAUUCUUUAAUUUCUGGAUACGUUCAUAACAAUGAAGUGGAAGCUGCGUAUAGGGUUUUUGAGAGUAUGCCUGAGAAAAACUUGAUCUCUUGGACAGCCAUGAUCACAGGGUUUACUAAGAGUGGAAGAAUUGGAAAUGCCAUCGAGCUUUUUAAUAUGUUGCCAGUGAAGGAUGAUUUUGUUUGGACGACUAUUAUAUCUGGGUUUGUAAAUAAUAAGGAGUAUGAGGAAGCUUUGCAUUGGUAUGCUCGGAUGAUUUGGGAAUGCAGGCCAAAUCCUUUAACUAUUAGUAGUGUCCUCGCAGCUUCAGCUGCUCUGGUGGCGCUAAAUGAAGGGCUACAGAUUCAUACCUGUAUUCUGAAAAUGAACCUAGAGUAUCAUUUGUCUGUACAAAACUCUCUUAUAUCAUUUUACUCCAAGUGUGGGAAUGUGAUUGAUGCCCACAGAAUUUUCUUAGAUGUCAUUGAACCAAAUGUCAUCUCUUAUAACUCAAUCAUCAAUGGGUUUGGACAAAAUGGUUAUGGCAAAGAGGCUCUCAGUAUCUAUAAAAAAAUGCAGAGUGAAGGUCAUGAAGCUAACCAUGUUACUUUCCUUGCUGUCCUUUCAGCCUGUACUCAUGCAGGAUUAGUUGAAGAGGGAUGGAACUUAUUUAACUCCAUGAAAUCACGUUAUGGAAUUGAGCCAGAAGUUGAUCAUUAUGCUUGCAUUGUCGAUCUCCUUGGCCGAGCAGGUUUGCUUGAUGAAGCUGUUGAUCUAAUCCGUUCAAUGCCAUUUAAGCCCCAUUCUGGGGUUUGGGGGGCUAUUCUUGGUGCAAGCAAUACUUACCUCCGUCUUGACCUUGCUAAGCUUGCAGCUCAAUACAUUACUGAGAUGGAGCCUAACAAUGCAACUCCUUAUGUGGUAUUAUCUAACAUGUAUUCUGCUUCUGGGGAAAAGAUUGACAGUGACUUAGUAAGAAAGACCAAAAACUUUAAAGGAAUAAAAAAAAAUCCAGGUUGUAGUUGGAUUACAGUGAAAGAUAAGGUUCAUCUGUUUCUUGCAGGGGAUCAAUCACAUGAUAAUAUUGAAGAAAUGAAAGCCACAAUACUGACCAUGGAUAGGGAAAUGCAGUGGUUGUGUCGUUGUCGGUGCUGACUGUCAGUCUUCUUUUCUUUCUUUUACGAACAUUACUUCUUUGUUGGUGCAGCGUCAUUAUUGUGUAAGUGAGCUGGCUCCGUUUUCAACCAAAUAUUCUUGGAUGCACCAGUUGUAAUGACGUCUAAGAAAAAGAUCAUUAGCGCACUCCACACUAUAUAAUGUGUGCCAUUUCAGCAUUUUUUAUCAUCAUUGCCUCAUACCUCAACUACUGUAUGGAUCAGUACUGACCACGUGCAACUUUUAUAUAUAGCCAAUUAGGUUAUCCUUCCUCUGGAGUAGGAUUCAUUCAAGUGAAGCUGAGGAAAAGAUAAUAAUCCAGUGACAACUAGAUGAGAAAUGCCAAUACUACUACAUUGGAAUUAAGGUCUUUUCUUUUCUACUUCCACCCUCACACCACCGAGUCCUGAAAGAAAUCAGAUAAGAUAACCUUAUAUACUGAACUUGACCGUUUAUUCUAUUCCAUUAUUGCUUAUAUGCUUUGAUUUUAUACAGGAAAAUACAAUUCAGUGUUCUUUUAAACCAAAUCUGUGGUGACUUGUUAUUAUUAAUAUUAUUUUUAAUGGAGGAAGAGGUUUGGAAAAGUUGAUGAAGAAUUUAUUGGUAUUGUUUCUGUAGAUUGGGUACUGCUUGGAAGACUUGGAGAUGCUGUAUGGGGUACUGCGCUUAAAAAAACUUCUCAAUUCAAUCCUCUUCUGGAGUUCAUAUAGAAGUUUUGUCAGUGAAAUAACACCAAUAUGGAAGACAUGAUUUUCGUCUUCGGUGUGUUUUUUGGAUUUCCAGGUUUGCUCCUAAACUAUGUGUUUUAUUUUCAUACUUCAAUUGCUUGAAUGGAUCAUAUAGAUUUUUCCGUACUAUCUUUUUUGGAGAUGUUGGGUUUGGUUUUAGUUGAGAUUUAGAGUCAUCAAUGCAGAAAUGUUGUAUUGGAAAUCAGAAAAUAGCCCUUAAGCUCCUUCCAGUGCAUAAGCUCUAAAGAGUGUUUUCUCUCUCCAAUAAGAAAGAAAAUAUCUCUAUUCCCUUCUUUCCUUUUAUCCCUUUCUGUCUCUCCUAACAUCUUUGACUGCUUAGCAUCCCCCUAUUCAUUCCCCCUAAUUGGUUAAUUCGUUUUCCCCCAAGAGCAUACAUAUUGAAGUAUUGACAUAGCUAUUAUGAUUGAGUAAACCACUUUCUUCUGCAAUUUUUUAUAAGGUUAGCAAACUAAACUUUCUUCAAGCAUUUGUGAUACACUUACCAAAGUGAAGCACUUUGUAUCUUCAUUCAAGAUAAUGAAAAGUGGAAGUUCUAUGACUAUGGAGGAAAACGCAUUGUCAAAGAUAUCAUUGAUGAACUUAGUGAAGAGGAAGACAAUGAUGAGUCCAUAUACUUGGAAGAUGAUGGUUUUUCGACAACAUCUAGCGAACAAAUUCAAUCCUAUAGUCAGUUCAAUCGUAACAUUAACUAUGACCUUUUUGAACGAAUGUGUUUUUAGUCAAAAGAGGCUACACUGAUUGACAUUAAGCAAUAAUUACAUCAACCAGAGCUGCAAAUCUGUCGUAGCGGAAACAAAGACAAAUAUAUAUGUAGCUUGUUGCAUACAUAUGCCAUUGGCGAAUACAAUCAUCUUUUAGCAAGAUGUAACAUCUCCGGUAGAUCAAAAUAAUUGAAACACCUCAUUCUUGUUUCUUUGUCAUUCUUUCUAAUGUUCACGUCAAUUUCAACUAAUCCAAAUUGCUUCAAUUGUGGUGAACUUGGUUAAGGCUA